AUGUCCGAAGGCGUAUGGAAACUCGGCGUCGAUGUCGGAGGGACAUUCACGGAUGCCGUUCUCUACAAUGACACCUCUGGUGCUAUCUACCGAGCCAAGGUACCCUCGACACCACAAGAUCAGAGCAUUGGCGUGCUGCAUGCAGUCGAUGCGAUACGAGCAAAGGUGCCACUGGCAGAAGACGAGACUUUGAACAUCGCCGUUCUCAAUCACGGUACAACCGUGGCAACAAACGCUAUACUGGAAGGAAAAGGCGCCAAAGUUGCUCUACUCGUCACUGAAGGUUACAAAGACAUUCUGCAAGUUCGACGCAGCCAAGUCCCCGGUGGCCUCGCUGGUUGGAUCGUCUGGCCGAAGCCGACUCCCCUGGCGCCACUCGAGCUGACAGUCGAAGUACCAGGACGUGUGUCCUCGUCUGGUGCUGAACUCCGCCCCUUCGACGCUGCACUUCUGGUUCAGCGCCUCGCAAAACUCAAGGCUUCACCACCUGAGUCCAUCACGAUCUCGUUGAUUAACUCGUUUGCGAACCCCGCACACGAGCACACGGUUGCAGAGGUAGUACGAGCGGAACUGCCGGGCAUCCCUAUCAGUCUCUCGAGCGAGAUCCUACCGGAGAUUGGAGAGUACGAGCGUACAGUGACGAGCGUCGCGAACGCUUACGUGAAGCCGACGCUGGAACGGUAUCUGGGUGCACUACAGGACAAGCUGGGUGCCACGGACCUUCGCGUCUUAAGGAGUGAUGGCGGCCUAGCGAGUGUUGCUGUAGCGAAGGAGCACUGUGCGAGCUUGCUCUACUCAGGGCCUGCGGGUGGUGUAGCGGGUAUAGUCAGCCAAGUGGCGAAAAAGACUCAAUACAAGAACCUUCUCACCUUCGAUAUGGGAGGAACAAGCACAGACGUAUGUCUUAUAGGGGACGGAGUGCCACAGCUCCGACGCGAGUCAACCAUCGGCGAUCUAACCAUUCGCGCACCAUCAAUCGACGUCCGCACGGUCGGUGCAGGCGGUGGUUCCUUGGCUACCUUCGCGGAGAUCACGAAGGCUUUACGUGUCGGGCCUGAUAGCGCGGGCGCUUCACCUGGUCCCGCAUGCUAUGGAAAAGGUGGCAGCACCCCCACUGUCACGGACGCGUUCGCCGUUCUCGGCUACCUUCCUCCAACACUGGCUAGUGGAUUGAGGAUCGAUGUCGCUGCAGCGCAAGAGGCCAUUCGAAAGCAUAUCGCUGAGCCGAUGGCUUUGCCUGUAGCCGAAGCCGCCGAAGGGAUCUUGCGGAUAGCAAUGGAGAAGAUGUAUGGGAGUUUGCGAGGGGUGUCUGUUGAGAAGGGCAAGGAUCCCCGAAGCUUUCAUCUUGUCGCGUUCGGAGGCGCUGGCGCGCUGGUUGCUUGCGAGCUUGCCUCCCUAUGUCAAACCGCACAACCAACAAUUGUGCCUCCCUCCCCUGGAGUCUUGUGUGCCCUUGGUGAUGCAUCAACAGCCCUGCGCCACGAAGUUUCAACGACGAUGCUGAGUCGUCUAUCGGACUUACCGCAUGAGAAACUUUUGCAAGCUUGUACGGAUUUGCGCGACAAGGCAGCGACCGUUCUCGCUGGGCAAGGCGUGGGUACGCAGCACCAAACUCAGUACUGGGAAGCGGACUGUCGGUUCAAGGGUCAGGCUACCAAUCUCCCAAUACCUUUUACCCUGCAAGAUAUCGAGCAUGACAAGGAGUCUCUCCUCGCGGAAAGAUUCAAGGCAGCGCAUACUGCGCUGUUCACAUUCAGUCUCGACCUGGACGUCGAGAUAGUCAACCUGCGCUCCAUCGUGGAAGAGAACGUGAAGGACAUCGCCAGUCCUGCGCUUCCAAUAGGGAGCGCUUCUCCUUUCGCGGAAGCGAUCCAAUCCAGAACUUCUAUUGUCCAUCGCGGCCACGAGUACAAUGAUGUGCCGAUCUACGAUCGCAGCUUGCUCUGUGUUGGCAAUAAGCUCUGUGGCCCAUGCAUUAUUACGGAGGAAGAUAGCAACACUCUAAUUACACCCUCUCAUUAUGCUGAGGUUGACGCGGAAGGCAACCUGUUGAUCUGGUCCGAGGCAUCGAUUCCGACGGGCAUUGACUCUAAAGACCCUAUCGUUGUACAGCUUGUCGAGGCAGGGUUGCAGAAUGCGCGUCUCGAGAUGGACGCGCUCAUCCAGCGCGUUGCCAUGUCACCCGCCAUGCGGGAGCAGCUCGACUACUUUCCUAUGCUUUCGGCAGGGAAAGGCAAGAAUGCCGGAAAGAUGGUAUGCGGCCAGUUUGGUAGCUUCAUCAACGGGUUCCUUGCAUCUUGGGACGAUACCAUCGAGGAAGGAGAUAUCUUCUUGACGAACGACCCUUAUUCAUGCAGCAACGCCAUCAGCCAUCUCAACGAUUUCUUGGUGGUUAACCCCGUACAUCACGAGGGAGAACUCGUUGGUUGGGUCGCAAACCUAGGGCACUUCACCGAUCUAGGUUCCGCAGUCGCUGGGAGUAUGCCUAACUGUGCGAGUACCAUCUUUGAGGAUGGCAUCCAGAUACCACUCUGCAAACUUUACUCGCGCAAUCAGCCGAACAAGGCUGUCUACAAGAUCAUCGAAAGGAACUCUCGCAAGCCUGACUUUGCGAAGAGUGAUCUUCACGCCCUCGUCGCAGCCACACGAAUCGGCGCUCGCCGGAUCAUCGAGAUGUGCGAGAGAUUUGGGGCAGACACCUAUUGCUCAGCGCUGGACGUGCUGCUCGAACGCAACCGCGUCGCCAUUGGCAAGCUCAUCGCGACUACCAUUCCGAACGAGCCAAUCUUCUUUGAGGACUACAUUGACGACGACGGAUUCGGUCUCGGACCCUGGCGCAUCUCUUGCAAGAUGACGAAAGAGGCGGACGAGCUCGAGGGCGAGGUGGUCGCGUUUGACUUCGACGGCACGGAUCCGCAAAGCGACCGUUCGAUCAACUUUGCGCUCUCGCAUGAGAUGCUCAAGAUGUUCAUCGUCAUAUAUCUUUUGACAGUAUUCGAUCCCCAAACAGUCUACAAUGACGGCGCGUUUGACCUGAUCAAAGUGAACAUACCUGAGGGUACAAUCCUCAACCCCAUACGCCCUGCUGCACUGUCCUGCCGCACACACAUCCUUGCUCGCCUCUUCGACGUGAUAGGUGCCCUCAUCGGUCAACGGCAGCCCGAGUUCUUGUCAGCAGCCGGGUUCUCCGACAGCCCACACUUCUUCUAUUCUGGUUGGGAUAGCACCGGUGAAUGGUUCCAACUUUACCAAAUUGGCUUCGGGGGUAUACCUGCCCGUCCUCUUGUAGGAGAUGGACCGGAUGGACAUAGCCUCUGGCCGUCGAUGCGCUCAGUACCGAACGAGUUCCUUGAGAGCUAUCUUCCUCUUCGCGUGGAUCGAUAUGAGACAGUGCCAGAUAGCGGCGGCGCGGGAGUGUACCGCGGAGGCAACGCCAUGCGUAUCGACUACACCUUCCUCGAACCGGGCCAUAUCUCGAUACACGAUGAUCGGUGGUUCACAAAACCAUGGGGAGUUCAUGGCGGUGGCACAGGGAUGCGUUCAUCGAAGGUUCUCUUCAAGUACUCCGCCGACACUGAGUCCCCGCCGCGGGUCAUGAUCGGGAGUAAGGAAGACAACAUUCCUGUUGAGAAAGGCGAUGUUCUCAUCUGGCAGACGUGGGGUGGCGGAGGCUGGGGUAAUCCGCUCGAGCGGGAACCAGCGCUCGUGGCGAAGGAAGUCCGACAAGGACUCGUAUGCGAUCCAGCUCGCUACGGUGUCGUAUUAACCGACAACGGAGAAUAUGACAGCUCUGCGACUACAGAGCUGCGUGAGCGUAUGUCCCCUGCUCAGGACGUACUUCGCCAACAGACUCUUUUCAACCGGGGCGGUACGCUAGCCGAGCUUGCGAGUGCGUGUCUGGACGAAACGGGAUUCCCACCGCCAACGCCGCCCAGUAGCCGUAUUCUUCGCGGUCCCAUCACUCAAUUGAAGCAUAUAGUGGAGCUGCAUGAGAGACGUAGAGUGGAAGAUCUGCAGUUCUACACUCGGGUGUAA